AACAGCCGCUCAGCCUUCCUCGCUGCCUGCAGAGUCUUCCCAGCGGCGUCUCUAGACCCGGCAGAGAGGUACCUGGUGGCGCUGGACAGGGCGAGGGGCAACCUCCUCCCAAAAAUGUGGAGGCACAAGGCGGAGAAGAGAACGUGACAGCUCCCCGAGCGAACAAUUCCACAGAAUGAAGAAGCAUUCUGCGAGAGUGGCACCGUUAGAUCCUCUCUGUAUUGCCACAUUAAAUUCACCUAGAGCAGACGGUGCCUCCCGAUCCUCUGUCGUCCGAUGCAAGCCGGGAGCCAACUGCCCCAGCACUCAGAGUGGCCUCUGCCGGCAGCAUUCUCCUUUGUCUGCUGCGGAAGAUUCUGCUGCUCCCAUUUUAGAGCUGCAGAGUCGAAGUCCCUCCGGAUUUUGCCGGCACGGCAGAGGAGAGAGGCAGAGCAGACCAGGAGAAGAAGGGACGCAAACCCAUGGGGAAAACGCCAGCCAAGAGAACCAUGUACAGACCCGGUGUGAAUCUUGCAUGUCCACGUUUCUCAAGAUUGUCUGGGGAUUUCUGAUUAUUUUGUCUGUCUCCUCCUCCUGGGUCGGAACAACUCAGAUUGUGAAAAUCACAUACAAGAACUUUGACUAUCCUUUGUUCAUGACUUGGUUUUCCACAAACUGGAACAUUAUGUUUUUCCCAGUUUAUUACUCUGGGCAUCUUGCAACUGCACAGGAAAAGCAAUCUCCAAUAAAAAAAUUCAGGGAAUGCAGUCGGAUUUUUGGCGAAGAUGGUCUGACGCUGAAACUCUUUCUUAAAAGGACUGCUCCUUUUUCUAUUCUCUGGACUUUGACUAAUUACCUUUAUUUGCUGGCUCUGAAGAAGCUGACAGCCACGGACGUCUCAGCCCUAUUCUGUUGCAACAAAGCCUUUGUCUUCCUGCUCUCCUGGAUUGUACUGAAGGACAGGUUCAUGGGUGUAAGGAUAGUUGCCACCAUAAUGGCCAUCACCGGAAUUGUUAUGAUGGCAUAUGCAGACGGUUUCCAAGGCGAUUCAAUUAUCGGGGUUGCCUAUGCCGUUGGAUCUGCAUCGACGUCUGCGCUGUAUAAGGUUUUGUUUAAGAUGUUCCUUGGAAGUGCCAACUUUGGGGAAGCUGCCCACUUCAUCUCUACCCUCGGCUUUUUCAACUUGAUUUUUCUGUCCUUUACACCGAUCAUACUUUAUUUUACCAAGGUGGAAUACUGGUCACCCUUUGCAGCUGUGCCGUGGGGCUAUCUGUGUGGAAUAGCAGGCCUCUGGCUAGCUUUUAACAUCUUGGUGAACGUUGGUGUUGUGCUUACAUACCCAAUCUUAAUAUCUAUUGGGACGGUGCUCAGUGUUCCUGGCAAUGCAGCCGUCGAUCUUCUCAAGCGCGAGGUUAUCUUCAGCGUAGUGAGGUUGGGGGCCACCAGCAUCAUCUGCCUUGGUUUCCUGCUGAUGCUGCUUCCUGAGGAGUGGGAUGAGAUCACGCUGAGAUUCAUCAACAGCUUAAAGGAGAAGAAAGGCGAGGACCACGCUGAGGACAUCACGGACUCGAGUGUUCAAUUCCGAAGCAGAAGCCGAGCCAAUGGGACUGUGUCUAUACCGCUGGCUUAGGGCUGGCGACCUCUUAUUUGCACGCCAAUGUAUAUUCUGUGAAUAUGAUUUAAUUGAUUUUUUUUCUCACCCACUUGUAUGCUACAAAAUGAGUUAUUACUUUGAAACUGGGAACGGAGUGUAAAUUCAGCGCUGAACACAUUGGAACGUAAACUCUUUACAUUUGUACACCUAUCCAGGAGUAGGUACAAAUGAUUACAAUAAAUUCCUUUUUUAAU